CUUUAUUUUUAAUGGUGUUAGUUGCUAAUCGAACGCAACUGACAGAGAGAUACCAACAAGACGGCCAACCUAAAACAACGAUAUUUUCUAUUAGGCGAGCAGCCGUUGCCAAUAAUACGGCCGCAGCAAUUGCAACAUUAUAGUUCACAACACUACAAAACGAGGCAACCAAGGCAGCUAGAUUUAAACAACAACAACAACAAUAACAAAUUGUUUGAAAGACAACAACAGCCACAACUAAAACAACAAUUACUACAUACGACCAUCAGUUGCUGUCAUAAUUGUAACUGUUGCUGCAAAGGUGAUUGUAGUGUUGGUCGUUGUAUUUGUUGUUGCAGUCGUCGUCGUUAUUGCUGUUGCAUGUUAACGCAAAGUUUCACGCAUAAAAGCCACAAAAUUACCACCUUAACAACAGACAGUUAUAAACAACUAUUUGUUUUGAUUACCAUGUUAUUAACAGUAUUAAGUGUACAGCCAUCAACAUUUACAAUGGCAGCACCUAUGCAACAGCCACAACAGUAUCAGUUGACGCAACCGCAGCUACAACCACCAGAACAACAUAAUUUACCAUACGAUUUACUUCAUCAACAACCGUCGUCGCAGUUAUAUGAAAUUUUGUUGGCUGAAAAACAACAAUUGGAGACUGAUAAGAUAAGAAUGCGAAGGGAGGAGAUGGAAAAUGUGGCCGAUUUGGUGGAUGUGGAUAAGGUCUAUAAACGUCAAACAAAUUUUCAUGAUCGUUAUCAUAUUAUAAUGCAGUCUCAGACGAUAAAUUGGUAUAAUCCUUGUGGUGGCAUUCAUAAAAUGGACGAAAAACCGGUUAAGCGUAAGAGACCUCCACCGAUUAAGAAGGAACUUCGAAAACUUCAGAAUACCACAGUGAAAUAUUAUAAUUUUAUUAAGGAGAAUCUACAUGCGAUCAAUAUAGGUAACAUGAAACAAUGGGAUUCAGCUGCGGAGAAUUACUCUUUUUUGCCAAAAUUAAAUACUAAUUCAAGUAUUUCCCUCCGUCACUGGCAUCGACAAUUGCAGAUCUACGUGGCAGCUUUUGAAUAUCUCCACCGCGCUCAAUUGCAUUUCGACUAUCUAAAAGACAAUCAGAAAAGUCCGUUUGCUAAAGAACUAAAUCUGCUAAUGAUAAAUGCUCGCAAUAUUUUGUGUAAUAUAGAACAUGCCAUCAAUAAUACCACCACACGCAAAAGGGCCACAAAUAUCGAUUCACUCUUCAUAAAUCGCACUCGAAUGGAAGGCAUACUUAAUUUUGCCACCAAUAUCAAAUAUGUAUCACCCUUGAGGUGGCAUGAAAUUAGAACUGGUGACAAAAGUUGGACAGUUAAUGUAUUAGAUUUACGUUUUGCCAAAUCUCAUUAUUAUGUUUUUUUGCGCAAAUUAAUGAAAACUCUAAGAAUGCAUACAAAAAGACCGGGACCCAUAAAACUGGGCAGAAAUGCAAAUCAAAAUAAAUCAAAAAAUAAACAAAAUCAGCAGCUACAGCAACAAAGGAACAGGCAAAAUGUUCACGGAACAAAAUUAAGACAUUCAAAGAAAAAUUCGAAUAAGUAUUAAAUAAAUUUAUAAAUUUUGUAAAAUGGUUAACGAAAUACUUAAUCUCGUCUACAUUAGCAUUCACAUUUUAAACAUUUCCCUAAUUUAUAUUUGUCAUUAUUAUCGAAUUGAAUUUUAUAUUAGUUUGGGUGAAUUUUUUUUAAAUAACUUGAAAACUAUUUCAAUUGUAUUAUUUAUAUAUCAUAUCUUUAUUUAUCAUUAAAUAUUAUUGUUAUAAUUUAAGUACUAAUCAUAAUCUCAUUUUCAGGAAUGAGUGGUUUCACAGUUUCUUGUUUAUAAGAAAAAAAGUUUUAAAAUUGGCAGUUAUAUAAUGGCAUCUGAGAUACUUUUUAUAUUUUUUUCAAGUCGCUGAA